AAUUGCAUGAAGAGGGGACUCUGAUGCUGCCGUUUUCGAUUUUGACACCAGUUCCUCCACAUCUUCCGUCUGUCUUGCCAUAGAAGUCUGCAAAGGAUGUGUAUCUGUUAAGGAGGAAGAGUGUAUCUGCACCAUUGCCUUUUGCCUGGGGAUGCCAUGGUUGCCGUGCCCCACUCCAUAGCCUUCUGGCAGUGAUUAAGGAGCCGCUCCAAAAGGUGACUAUGGCAUUGCUGGGGAAGCCCUCGGACGGCCCGCCAAACAACUCCAGGCCAGACCAGUGGCAUUUGGUCUUCUCUCAAAAAGAUGAAGUUAUCACCAGCUUAAUAUCUGCCUUAGAUUCUAUGUGUUCAGCACUUUCUAAACUCAAUGCUGAGGUUGCCUGCAUUGCGGUCCACGAUGAAAAUACCUUUGUGGUUGGGACAGAAAAGGGGAGGCUCUUCAUGAACGCAAGGAAAGAGGUCCAGGCGGAUUUCAAGAAGUUCUGCAGAAUUCAACAGAGGAAAGAGCAAGAUCUGGACAGCCAGAGGAAGAUCAAGGACUUUGGCCGGACCAUUCCUCGAAUCUCCCCGGAUCAGGGAUCGGAUGUUUACCUCCUCAGGAAGAUGGUGGAAGAAGUUUUCGAUGUGCUUUAUAGUGAGGCCUUGGGGAAGAGCAGUGUGGUACCACUGCCAUAUGAGAAAUUCCUGAAAGAGCCAGGCUUGCUGGCGGUUGCUGGGUUGCCCGAUGGGCUCACCUUCAGGAAGCCCACUGAGUACGAUGUGAAGUCUCUGAUGGCCAUUUUAGAGCACAGUCACCACAUGCGCUUCAGGCUAAAAAGGCCGCCUGAGGACUCCGUCAGGGAGCCCAACCUUACUUCGGAGUUGAACUCUCCUACCCUGAUGUCAAAGGGGAGCCGAGAACCAGGCCUUAACAAUGUGCAUGCUAAGCUGGCCAACCAAGAUGCUCUUUCUGGGGUCACCGCCAACAGUUUCCUGUACGGCGUGCCACUUCCCACGCAGAUUGCCAUGGAAAUAAAGCAGGAGGGUCCCUCUGGUCGGCACGGGAUGAGCGCAGUCAGCGAGAUGCUAAGGUCUCGCUCAUCAGGAGAAGCGAAGGUGCCUUCGCCACAGGAGUUCGGUGACUGCUGUGGACAGAAAUCUAGCCUCCCGGGUGGUCCUCUCAUCCAAAAUGUCCAUUCCUCCAAACGCAUCCUAUUCUCCAUUGUCCAUGACAAAUCAGAUAAAUGGGACAGUUUUAUAAAAGAGACUGAAGAUAUCAACACCCUGAGGGAAUGUGUGCAAAUUCUGUUUAACAGCAGAUAUGCCGAAGCCUUGGGUCUAGAUCACAUGGUCCCUGUCCCGUACCGAAAAAUUGCUUGCGACCCAGAGGCAGUCGAAAUCAUUGGGAUUCCUGACAAAAUCCCCUUCAAAAGGCCAUGCACUUAUGGAGUCCCGAAGCUCAAGCGCAUAUUGGAGGAGAGGCACCACAUCCACUUUGUAAUUAAAAGGAUGUUUGAUGAAAGAAUUUUUACAGGAAGUAAAUUUACCAAAGAUUCAACAAAGAUUGAGCCAUCCAGCCCUUCUGGGGAAAUCUCUCCUGAACCGCACAGAAUGGCAUUUCUUGAUCUAGCAGGGACUUCACAGACGAAUCAUAGGUCUGAAAAGUGCACUGUCGCUGGGGACUCUGAACCAGGUACUUCAGGAGAACUGGGAGGCAUUAAACGCAUCAAAAUAGAACCAGAUGAAGUAGACAUCAUUCAGAUCACUGUUCCAGAUCGAUCGCCCCGUUCUGAUGAAAUGCGCGACGCGGUAGCCAAUCACGUGAAUCUGGAUGUGCGCGACAGGCUGGCAGGUGAUUGGUCACUCCUCCGCGGUUUGGUCCUCUCAAACGCCACAUCUGCCCAGCUGCGAGAGACCCUUGGAUGGACAGGCUUAAGCCUUUUGCACUUGAGAGAAUCCCAGCAUAAAAAGGACCAACAAAAACCUGCAAACGGGGAGAACCAGGUGGACAACAAAGAUGGCAUAGGUGAUGUUUUAAGUCAACUGAGGAAACAAGUUGAAAUUUUGUUCAAUGCAAGAUACGCUAAAGCCAUAGGAAUUUCUGAGCCGGUCAAAGUCCCGUAUUCCAAAUUCUUGAUGUAUCCAGAAGACCUCUUUGUCGUAGGCUUGCCAGACGGCAUCUUACUUCGGCGGCCAAACUGCUUUGGGAUUGCAAAGCUAAAAAAGAUUCUCCAGGCAAGCAGCAGCAUCCGGUUUGUCAUCAAGAGACCAGAACUUCUCGCAGAAGGAGUGAAGGAGACGGCUUCUGACAGCUCAGGAGUAACAGUUCAUGAGAGAGACUCCAGUGAACGUCUUGUGGAAGAACCUGUAAAAAGACCAGGAUUUCAAGAAAAUUAUGACACUCGCCUUUCAAGAAUAGAUAUUGCAAACACACUAAGGGAACAGGUUCAAGACCUAUUCAAUAAGAAGUAUGGCGAGGCUUUGGGCAUCAAAUACCCGGUCCAAGUGCCAUACAAACGCAUCAAAAGCAACCCAGGAUCAGUCAUCAUAGAAGGGCUGCCUCCGGGAAUCCCGUUUCGGAAACCUUGCACCUUCGGCUCCCAGAAUCUAGAGAGGAUACUAGCUGUGGCAGACAAGAUCAAGUUCACGGUAACAAGACCUUUCCAAGGACUCAUUCCUAAACCUGAUGACGACGAUGCCAAUAGGUUGGGCGAGAAGGUGAUUCUGCGAGAGCAAGUGAAAGAACUGUUCAAUGAAAAAUAUGGAGAGGCGUUGGGCCUGAACAGACCUGUCCUGGUGCCGUAUAAACUGAUCCGGGACAGCCCCGAGGCCAUAGAAGUAACUGGACUGCCGGACGACAUCCCGUUUCGAAAUCCCAACACCUAUGACAUCCACCGGCUGGAGAAGAUCCUCAAAGCCCGCGACCAUAUCCAGAUGGUGGUGACCAACCAGCUUCAGCCAUUUGCUGAUCUGGGCGCCGAAGCCAAACAACCAGAAAAUGACAGCACGGUUCCCAAACGGAAGCGGAAGAGGAUCUCCGAAGGGAAUUCCAUCUCUUCCUCCUCUUCUUCCUCUUCUUCCUCGUCUUCAAAUCUGGAGUCCACGUCGUCCGCCAAUCAGAUUUCACUCGUGCAGUGGCCCAUGUACAUGUUGGACUACGGCAGCCUCAACGUCCAGAUCCCGGGACCCAUGAAUUACUGAGACCUCCGCUUCUGAAUCCGAACCUCGGAACAAAACAAAACGAAAAGAAAAGAAAUCAUUGACAACCUGUAAUUUUUUUGUAUAAAGUGUAUAUUCCAAUAUGUAUUGAUGCCUUUUAGUUUUUCCAAUGAUUUUUACACUAUAUUCCUGCCGCCAGGGCCUUUUUGAAUAAUAAAAAGAAAGGAAGUGUUGCCUUGCUCUGAAAA